CGAGGGAGGCGUUUCAUUGCCGCAGUCCUGGACGAAAGAAAAAACGCUCUUCUUGAAGCGAUCAGAGGAAGUGCUCACAAUUCGGGUGGUAGGAUUUUUGCCCGCCUCUCUCAAAACCGCGCAAGAAAGCGACUCGGAAGCCAGCAAGGCCGCCUUGCAGUUCCAGGACUUCAACUCCAGCCGGUGAAUUGGCACCAUCAUGUCUCCUGAAGGUGGCAGGGCACCCUCCCUGCUUUGCCUGAUUGUCGUAGCGGCCGGACUAAAUAUCUACUCCAUCUCCUCAACAAAUACAUCUAUUGCCUCAAACAUUUUAAAAACAGAAUUAAUCAAUCAGACCCCUACACUCAACAGCAGUUUAUCAAAAAUUAUUUUAAAAACAGUUACAAGUCCUCUUACGUUUUCCUUUACAACUGCACUGACACCUACUGAAAAGGAUACAACCUCAUUGUCUAUACCUAAUGACACAUCAAGUACAUCAGUGAUGACUGUAUCAACAACUAAUUUGUUAUCAAAACCAAGCACUGGAUUACAAAGCACAGAACAAAUGCCAUCCUCGGUGAUGCCAGUUCAUAGCUCAGCAACAACUAAUAUUUCCUCUGCAGGAACUGUAGUUGCCACCACUUCAGGUAUUAUGAGUGUAUCAUCCAUCAGCAGCAGUUCAUUUGCUCCUGAGGAUUACACCAGCUCUUGGGUUACUCAGUUAUCAAGUACAGAAGUGUCCACAGUACCUGUGACCUCCAAGAAACACCCUGUUGAAGGAAUCACAUCUGAAGUCACUACUAAGCCACUCAUCUCAUCAAGCUCUCAAGGGACUUUAGCAAGUAAAGCAACUGUUGAGAUCACUCCUAUUGGCAGUGCCACACUCUCCUCAGAGGUAACCAUACAAGAGGUUCAGCAGGCUUUGAGUUCAGGAAGUAUUGCAGCUAUUACUAUAACGGUAAUUGCUGUGGUUCUAUUGGUAUUUGGCAUAGCUGCAUUUUUAAAAAUCAGGCAUUCUUCAUAUGGCAGACUUUUUGAUGAUCAUGAUUAUGGAUCCUGGGGAAACUACAACAAUCCACUGUAUGAUGAUUCCUAAUCUAAGAAUAUUAGCCAUACCAAAGCUGUUCUUGUGUCAUGAUGCACCUAAUUCACCAAAAGCACUAUGUUCCUGUAUCUUUUGACACACAAUCCUAUAUUUUAUUCCUUUUGCUGUUUUUCCCAAUGAAUCUUCAGAGUUUAAUAGAAACCAAACUCUAUAAUGUGAAUCCGAUUCAAGUGAUGCUUAUAAUAAAUAACUCAAGUCUUA